AUAGAGAAAAGAGGGAGGAGAGACGGAGGGAGUGGAGAGAGAGAGAGAGAGAGCGAGGGAGUGAACCACCGGUCGGAAGGAAAAACAGAGGGAUCGUGAGAAACGAAGGGAAGGAAGAAGGAAAAGGAAGGAGAGGAGGAGGAAAUUUGCCCAUCGCUAUCCCAUCGCAUAUAUAUAUAUAUAUCUCGCUCUCCAUCAUCUUUCCCGUCUCCCGUGACAACGCAUCUCUCCAUCUCUCCCCUCCUCCACCCUGCUGCCCUCCGCCUUCUCCUCCUCCGCAGCAGCAGCAUCCCUCCAUCCACAGCGGGAACAAUACGAGUGAACGAGUGAAGCAGGGAACGUGACUCUGAGCCUUCAUCACCACGAGCAAGAUCAGCAUCAGCAUCAUCAUCAUCAGCAACAGCAGGAGCAUCAUCAUCAUCACUGGGACUGAGUGUUCUAAACACUGCGAACACACACACACACACACUCACACACACACUCGACGAUGCCCACCGGACGGACAGGCUGAGAGCAUACGCACAUAUACACACACAGGAAAAGAAACUACCUAAGAGACUCCAUAUCCGGCCUGCAUGGGAAAAACAAGCCCGGAGCAGACGAAGACAAGAUCUGGCAAGACUCCUGAGACACUUCUGGACCUGUCAAAUUAACGGACAGCGGAUGCAAACGCCUCCUGAGGAAUUCAAGUCAGGGCUGGACCUUCUGGAGCUUUCCUUUGCUUCAAGAACACUCACCACAAAAGGCAGUGCUUAUCAUCUAGCAGGAGGCUGGUGCUUCUGAAAUUCUUCUGAAAAGUCUUAACAGGGGAAGGAAGUCAGGGGAUGUCAGUUGUGGAACUGGACUGGAUGCAGCAUCUCACUACAAACUGAUUUAGGUACUAACCCAACAAACCUAACUUUGGGUUCAAGAGACUUUGGUCCUUCAAUGCCUUCUUGAAGGGACUUUCUGUGUCGGUGCUUAUUGUAUCUAUAUCACUAUAAAAAUAGGUAUUUAUGAAAUCAUUAAUUAAAUAUCACAACUAAGUAUUAUCUUUGUGGAAUAUUAUUAUUAUUAUUAUUAUUAUUAUUAUUAUAAGUAUUACGUGCUAUGCUGUGUGCAGCUAUUUAUUUGUAACAACUGGAUAUAGAGAAUUAUUUUUGCUCAUAAAGAUACAGGGUCAUAACCUCUGAAACACAUAUCAAACCACUGGACACUGGAAUCUACUGGACAUUGAGACUACUGGACUUUGGUAUCUACCAGACACUGGAAUCUACAAGACAUUUCUUCUCAUAACUUCUGACCUUACCUUCUGUAACCUCUGAGGAAUCUCUUUGAACUGUAGACUGACAAUCCCCACCCAUUUACAAAGACAUUUUGCUGUGACCACAUAAGGAACGGUGAGUGACCUGCAAGAGGCCUUAUCAGAACCAUGGACAAAAGCAUCCGUCCACAUGUUCCCUCCAAUGGCUGAGCAUCGACCUCUAAGUAUACAGAAGACACUGUCCGCAAGGCAGUAGAUCUGACACCACAAACUCAAACUCCUGUUGACUCCAGGAAAACACCUGCAAAGACCAAUCCUCACUUGCCGGAGCGAAUGUCCUGUCUGCGGCGCCAGCCUGUGACCAUCCCAAUGGAUACCGUCAAGAUCAUCCAGUCAGAGAAGUUCCCACGGGAGUGCUCAGUGCCAGUCACUCAGCCUCGUUUUGCGCCUCCUCCACGAGUGGCCUGGGAUGGAGGAGGCGAAGGAGAGGUCAUUGUCAACCAAGCCUGCAGUGACUUGUCCCUGGAGAUCAAUGGAAACACCGUGGUCAAUCCCCGACCUUUGGUGUCGCCUCCAGCUCCAGUCUUGCGCCGGGAAGCAAGCUACUUAGCCCAGCGCAAGGCCAGCACCACAGAGAUAUGCUACCACCAGUUCCACUACAAGAUGGACGAUGUAAUCGUGAACCAGUAUGUGCUUCGCUCUUCGUCUACUUCUUCUUCUUCUUCCUCUUCCACGUCAUCUGGGCCAGUGAUGCCAUGCGAACCCCUGGACUGCCCGACGUGCGGACACACGUACAACUUUGCAGGAAAGCGUCCACGGAUCCUCUCUUGCCUGCACUCAGUGUGCGAGGAGUGCCUGCAGAUUCUGUACGAGUCCUGCCCCAAGUAUAAGUUCAUCUCCUGCCCCACGUGCCGGCGCGAGACCGUCCUCUUCACCGAUUACGGCCUGGCUGCGCUGGCCAUUAACACCAGCAUCCUGAGCCGGCUGCCGUCCGACCCCGGAGGGCCGGUGCAGUGGGGCGGAGAUGCUGACCGCAGCUGCUACCAGACAGUGCGCCAGUACUGCCAAUCGGCUUGCACCUGCCACAUUGCCAACCCACUUGCAUCCUGCGGCAUUAUGUAGACCAAAAACAGGCCAUCGAGUAGUGCUGUUUGAGCCAAAUCUGCUAAUCCCAACCACCCCUUCCCCCUGUUUAUCCAAAGUUCUCCACCUGCAGCAUGAAGAGAUCCAGAACAGACCACUGAGUGGUAGUGUUUGAGCCAAAUCUACAAAACUCAAUCACCCCUUACGCCCUAAUUAUCCAAAGUUCUUCACCUGAGGCAUCAAUGGGAUCCAGAAUGCAUAUUUAAGAGCCAAAACAACAAAUCCCAACAACCUCUUUCAAACUGUUUUUCCAAAGGUCUCAACUGCAGCAUCACAAGGAUCCAGGACAAAUAAUCAACUGGAACUCCUUAAGCCAAAUCCACACAAUUCAACCAUUCCUUUCACCCUGCUUAUCCAAAGGUCUCAAGUUCUCAAUCAGCAGCAUAAAUAGAAUCCAGAGGAGACCAAGUGGCAUACUUUGAGCCAAAAAUGACAAAUCCCAAAACUUCUUUUACCCUUUUUUUAAAGGUCUCAACUGCAGCAUCACAAGGACCCAAAUGGAUCAAAUGGAACUCCUUAAGCCAAGUCAACAGAAACAACCCCUCUAUCCAAAGUUCUCAACCUGCAAAACUGCAAGAAUCGAGAACAGACCAUCAACUGGAACUUUCUAAACCCAAACCACAAAACAACCACAAAAUCAACCACCAAGGUGACCAUGCUUUUCCAAAGUUCUUCACUUGUUGUAUCAUCAGGAAUCUGAACGGACCAUCAAGUGACACCCUUUGAGCCAAAACCUAAACCACUCUGAAAACCCUAUUUAUCCAAAGUUCUCAGCCUGCAAAAAUUCGAGGAUCCAGGACAAAUAAUCAACUUGAACUCAUUGAGCCAAAUCAACCCAACCCAAUCCAACCACCCCUCUGAAACUCUCUGAGCCAAAACCACAAAAUCAACCAUAAAGGUCACCCUGCUUUCCCAAAGUUCUCUACUUGCAGUAUUAACUGGAUCCAGAACAGACCAUCCAGUGACACCCCUUGAGCCAAAACCCUAAAACUCAACCACCCUGGACACCCUGCUUAUCCAAAGUUCUUCACCUGCAGCAACAAGAUGAUCCAGAACAGAUAAUAAUCUGGAACUCUCUGAAGCAAAACCACAACACAACCACACAAUUAACCACUAAAGUCAGCCUGCUUUUCCAAAGGUCUCUAUUAACAGUAGAUUCAGAACGGAUGGAUCAUCAAGUGACAUCCCAUGAGCCAAAACCCCAAAACUCAACUACCUUGGACACCCUACUUAUCCAAAGUUCUGAACCUGCAACAUUGCAAGGAUCUGGAACAAACCAUCAACUAAAACUUUUUGAGCCAAUGCGCCAAAACUGGGUCACUGGAUUCUGCAAUCUACUGGACCAAAACAGGUCAUCAAAACCACUGAACUCAACCACACCGUCAUCCUGCUUUCCCAAAGCAUUCUUUCACCCAACCCAGAGCCCAACUUUCACUUGCAGUAUUAUGUAGAUCCAAAACAGGCCAGAAGGUGGUGCUCUCUGAGCCAAAAUGCCAAAACCCAGCCCCUCCUAGCAGUGACCCCACUAGGGUUCCAAAUCCCUCCACCCUCCGCCUCCCCCCAUACAGAUGUAUCUAUAGAUCUAAUAGCACAGACGGUUGCUGUCUGGACUUUGAAGUGAAAGAGACACUUGUGCGAGGAGCCAAGAUAUAAAUGAAUUAUCAGAGUAAAUGUAUUUUAUGUACGAACUGACUGAACCCCCUCCCCCUAAAGCCCUGUUUCUCUUGUUUGGAUGUGUUUGUCAUUGACAUCUCUUCACAUGGGAAUGCCAAGGAGACUUUGUCUCCCCCCCUCCUGGGUAAAAUAAAGCAAAUAAAUUAAUUGAGUCAAA